GUGUUCUUGCUCUCACUACACUUCACACCAUUGAGCUUAGAGCAGAGAAAAAACAGAGAGGAAAGAUGUUAGAGAAGCUGUGGGAUGAUGUUAUGGCCGGACCUCAGCCGGAAACCGGCCUCGAUAAGCUCCGCAAAACCCUUUCCGUUCAAACAAGUGUGGAAGCUGGGGAAGGAUCGAGCAGCAAGUACCAGAGGUCGAUGACGAUGCCGGCGAGCCCUACAACGCCGACGACGCCGUCGACUCCGUCUCCGACGGCGCGUAAGGAGAACGUGUGGAGGAGCGUGUUCCACCCGGGGAGUAACCUCGCCACCAAGAGAAUCGGAGCAGCGGUUUUUGACAAGCCUAUUCACCCCAACUCCCCCACUGUUUAUGACUGGAUGUAUAGUGGAGAAACCAGAUCCAAGCAUCGUUGAGGAUUGAGAUAAGAGAUGAUGGAUAUAUACAUGUAAAUACAAGCUAUAUAUAAUAUGAGUGCUUCACUUCUUGUACUAUCGAUAUGAUCUUUUACUUGGAUCGGCUACUACAAAAAUGUUGUCAAAACACAUCGGUUUUACCAUAACCAAUCUAUAAGCUCACCAAAAAAUCUUCUCUCGAAAAAUUGAAUCUUCAAUUACAAGAGCUCUUUAUAUCCUGACAUGACGGAACAUUUGUGAAGAUUUAUAAGUUCACCAAAAAAUCUUCCCUUAAAAAGUUGAAUCUUCAACUACAAGAGCUCUUUAUAUCCUAGCACGACAGAACAUUUGGAAGGAUGUAGAUCACGGUGACACAAUGACUCAGCGAAAUCCUUGAUCCUAUGCAUACUAAGAAUCUAUGAUUAGUACUUUAAUUUGCUUGCUUAUAUGUUAAUCACUAUGUGUAAUCAUGUCUUUUGUUUAAUCUUUAUGUCGUUUCUUCUACUCUAAUGGUUUGAACUUUGAAAUGAAGGUGUACUUUUUAUGAAUUUUGUCUACUCUGAAU